AUGUCGCCUUCGAGUUCUGAAACAGAGCAUGUAGAUGAUGUUGCUAAAAACGCUCAGAGUCACGACUUAGAAGAACUGCAAGCGGGGAACGUUGACGGGCCAGCGCGAGCUCCCGUGAACGAGGAGCGCUACUUGAACGUGGUUAUUUCGGUGCCAGAUGAUGUCGUGGAUGAGUUCUACUUUGGUGACCGUCUCCCUGAUGAAAUUCGUCAACUCUUUCCUGAACUUGUGAAUGCUCGCGUUUGCAUAGUGGAGCCGUUUAUUGGUCAGAAGCGAUUUCUCUCGUUGCAUAUACCGGUGAUUCGACCUCCAGAAGCCGAUGCGAAAGCUGACCGAUUGCUAUCAGUGCCGAUCUAUGUGUGA